UCAAUUUCAUUACACAAUUUCUCUCUCAAUUUUCCUUCUUCUACAUUUCCAUUUCUCUCUCAAAUGGAAAAUCACCUAAACAGAGAACUCGAUCUUCUCCCACCACCGCGCACCGAUUCAUCCCUCCUCCGUCUCCGAUCAUCCUCAUCUUCAAAAUCCGAACGCGGCGGUCCAUCACUGGACCUACAGCUCUCAAUCAGCGUCGGUCCACCAUCGAUGCUGAUGUGCGACGGCGUAGAAUCUCUAAAAUGGGAAGCAUCAGAGCAAAUCCGUCUCGCGGCGAUGGAAAAGGCGUACGCGGAGAGAGUAAGGGAGUUAACAAGAAGAGAGAUGGAAAUGGCGCAAUCAGAGUUCGCACGUGCGAGACAAAUGUGGGAGCGUGCGAGAGAAGAAGUUGAAAGAGCUGAAAGGAUCAAAGAAAGAGCAACAAGACAGGUUGAUUCGAGUUGUAUGGAAAUUACCUGUCAUUCUUGUAGGCAGAGAUUCAGACCUGCUUCUGCUUGAAUUGAAUUCAUCUUUCUAUGAUCUCUAACAUAUCUUUGAUUAAAAUUAAAAAACAAUAAUUACUCGAUUAGUUAAUUAAUAUUUUAAUUAAUUAACAUGUUUUUCUUGAACUAUAUGGUUUAUGUUAAAUUAGUUAAUUAAUCGGGGAAUUGAGUUUGUUAGUUAUUUAUAAGAAGUUCCGUGUUGUAUAUGUAAACGUUUCACCUGAAUUUGGUUCAUGGUGUUUUGUUUGUGACUGUUUCUUUUUUUCAUUUUUGUUAAUGAUCUAUGGAUAGGUUAAAAUUUCCAGAAUUGAAGAUGUGGUAGUAGUACCUGAUCAAUCUCUACAUCA